CAUUCAUUUCGGCUCUCCUCUCUUCCCCAAAUUCCAAGGAACUCUCUCUCUCUCUCUCUCUUCCUCCGAGGGAAUUUCUGAUGCUUGAAAUGUGAAAUCGGAGAAGCAGAACGACACUGCGUUUUUCUCCGGAUUGCAGGUUCCGACAAAGUUAGGGUUUCAGAAUUCCGUCUGAAAUUUUCGAAGAAAAUGCCUUUGACGAGGUACCGGGUGAGGAGCGAGUACGGAUUGGCCGAUCCCGAGCUGUACAGAGCCGCCGACAAGGAUGAUCCCGAGGCGCUCUUAGAAGGCGUCGCCAUGGCUGGCCUCGUCGGAGUUUUGCGUCAGCUCGGCGACCUUGCUGAGUUUGCUGCAGAAAUAUUCCAUGACUUGCAUGAAGAAGUGAUGGCGACUGCUACAAGAGGACAUGGUCUAAUGGCUCGCGUUCAACAACUGGAAGCAGAAUUUCCUCCCAUUGAGAAGGCACUCUUGUCCCAAACUAAUCUUUCUUCAUUUUUCUACAAUGCAGGUGUUGAUUGGCAUCCCAAUUUGCGUUCUGAACAAAAUCUAAUUGCAUGUGGAGACUUGCCUCGCUUUGUAAUGGACUCUUAUGAGGAGGCCCGGGGCCCACCGCGGUUAUUCCUUCUGGACAAGUUCGAUGUUGCGGGAGCAGGAGCAUGUUUGAAGCGUUAUACUGAUCCAUCGUUCUUCAAGGUAGAUGCAGCAUCAUCUUUAAUGGAAACUGUAGAGAUUCAGCGAGAAAAGAAGAGCCGAAAAGUGAAGAGGAAAGGAUUGCGGUGGAGGAACGUAGAGACCACCCCAGAAGUUGUACCAACGUCACAUACAAAAUUGCACCAGUUGUUCCUUGAGGAACGUAUUGAGAAUGGUCAUAGUGACCCUGCACGUCUAGUGAAAUUGAAGAAAAGGCAGUUGAAUGGAUCUGUCGUUGACUCCAAAACAGGGAAAAGUUACAUGGAGAAGUUUGUGGAGAAUCCACUAGACCGUGAACUGGCUUGUGAAACCUCUAUUAUUCCAGCAACCUUCACAUCAGAUUAUACAAGUGAAUCAGGGAUUAGAAUACUUGAAAUCAGUAUGGUUAGUCCUGUAGAAAAUUCACCAAGGGAUGCAAGCGCUUGUUCAUCACCGAGUGUCCAUGAGGUGGUAUUGAAACCAUCAAUGAAUGGUUUUGACGAGGAGGCGGCUGAUGCUGAGAUUGUCAAGGUGCCUGACCCCUUGCUUAAUGAUGAGACAGUUGGAAGAUUGUCCACCCUUCAUGAAGUUCAAGUUGAGAAGCAAUUAGCGAUCGACAGAGGAGGCAAAACUAAAGUGAAUGCCAGUGGGUACGAGUCUGAUGAUAUAACCAGUGAGCUAGACAAUUACAUGGAUGCUUUAGCUAGCAUGGAGUCAGAAAUUGAAACGGACAAUGAGUAUAGGUCUAAUGGAAAUCUGCGCUUCUUGAAAGCUGAUAUUCACAGGGCGGAUUCUGAUGCGAAUGAAGAACAUCUUGAGCGCGGAGCCCACCUUUCAGAUUCUCAAUCAGUUGGAAACUUCUCUACUUCAGAUGACGGUAAUAAUUCUUUUAAGAAAAACAGAUCUAGUUUUUCUUACUCUGAUACUCCAAGCAGUUUGGCUGAGAUUACACCAUCUGAUUCUGAUGUAGGUGUGAAAGCAUUUCCUUCCACUGAAAUUUCUGGUGCAGAGAUUGUUAAUGAGCCAUUGCAUGAGCUCUCUGUAACUGCAGAGUCUCUAGGAGACAUAUCUGAUGAGCAUGUUGUGUCCCAUCUUACGUGCAUUAAGGAAGAAAAUACACCUGUUCAUGAAGAUGUAUCUAGUAUUGCAUUGCAUGUUGAUAUGCAUCCUACAACACUGCAGUCGGAUCCUGGAGAAACCUUGUCGACAGCUUCACUGGUGGAACCCGAAGGUGGAACACCCACAGAAUAUUUCAUGCCCGAGUCUAAAGCACCAAACAGUGUUGACAAUGGUACAAAUCUGGUUGAUUUAGUCGCUCAAGUUUCCUCCCAGAUUGAUGAUGAUUUCACAGAGACUUCUGGAGGAUAUCACGUGGAUGAAUCAGAUGCUAUGCCGCAUUUGUCAAACAUUUCAGAAGCUUCCGAUGAGGAAAACAGAGAUAGUUCUGUAGAUGAAGUACUUCAGACUGAAGAUGAAAUAGAAGAUUUAAAGGAAAGUUUGGUCACUGGUAAAAUUGAUUCACCAAGAACUUCAGGGAAAGAAAAGCAGCUCAGCUCAUCAUUGCCAGACUUAGAAAGUUGUUCUGCAAAUUUCAUUUUGCCUGCUUCAAGUGAUCAUUCAGAAGCAGUUGAGCCUGAUGGCCUGGAAUCCAAAUUGGAUAAUACUGUUACAGCAACUGAGGUCGACUCAGAAGAUUUACCAACCAUGGUGGAUACUGGAAAGAGCCAUAUCUCAGAAGAGGUACCAUCUACAGUGGAUUCUCUACAGACACCCGGGAUGACGGAGCAACAAUACCUACAUUUUACCGAACGUAAAGCCCAUCUCGAUCCUAAUUCAGCAGAAUCAGGCGUUCCAUAUUCCAAAGAGAAACCAAAUAUCGAAGAGAUUUCUGGGUCAGGGCAUUUUGAGGAGAUAGGUCUAUCUACAAGCUAUGUGGGAUCAGACAGAAGCAAUGUUACUUCUCUGGAACGUCCUUCUAGAUAUCUAACUGAUCCUGGUGAUAAUGAUCAUGCAGUCUUGGAUGAAGUAUCUAGUACAGUUGUUGUAGAAGAUCAAGCAAUCAAUUCUGCUGAUGCUACAAGUGUUGUUGAUAGUGUGGGCAAUGGUAUCUGUUUGCCUUCUGAUGUAGUUUAUUCUCCAUCCAGGAAUCCUACAAAUUUGCUGGAAUCUCUUGCUGGAUUUAUGGUUCCCAGUCAAAAAGAGGUGGAAUUGGAUGAGGGAGCUUGUCCGGAAGCUGCUAUGGAACGAGAAACACAGAAAGAACUAUGUCAUGGGGAAGUUGCUUCCACAGAUUCGGACUUGAACACAAGUACACCAGUUUAUUAUUAUCAUUCCAGUUCUAAAAUUGAUGAUAAUAAUGAUGAUUUACCUCUGGAUGAAAGAACCCAGAACAGUUUGUCUGCAAUUGAUAUCACUGCAGCCUCAUCUUUGGAUUUGAGAGGUCAGCAGUCAGAAUUAAUACAUUCCUCUAAUAGUUAUCAUUUAGAGGACAGGGAAUAUGCAGUGGCUUUACCUACCUCUUCCGUACCAGAGCCAGAAACUACAUCAGAAAAGUCACAAAAAUUGCGAGCUAAUCUAGUAGAUGGAGAGUGGGUGGUAACCGAUGAUGCAGGUCGUCAUCCAGAAUCUCCUUUAGAACAAUCAGAGUCACGAGUUGAUCAACUUGAUGCGAGAUCUUUGCAAGUUGAUCAACCAAGUAUUAAUUCAUCAAGUCUUCCGUCUGAAGAGAUGGAAUCCUUGAACCACAUGGCUGAGGAGAGAGGUGAGCAUUUUGAAUCUCAAAAACACAUUGAUCAAGGAAUAUAUGUGGAUGCUGCAUUGGAAUCGUGUAAAGAAGACCUUCCAAUCCAAUCUUCAACCUCACAAUUCUCGUCAAAAUCAGCAGGCCAGGAUGUUGAUAAUGUGAACCAAACACCAAAUCCAUUAGAGCCCGCUUGUCCUAGCAUUGGCAAGCGGCCUGAAGCAGCUGAAAUUAAUUUCGGGGAGAUGCCACCAAUGCCGCCCCUACCUCCUAUGCAAUGGAGGAUGGGGAAGUUUCAACAUGCUUUCCUAGAUGGUUGUUGUAGCUUAUUCCCGCCAAUUCAACCAUAUGGAGCUGAUGAGAAAGGUCAAGUUGAAUUACCUACAUCUCAAGGUGGUAUACAUCAUACCCAGAACCUGUUGCCUCUCACGAUUGUAGAAAAUGAAAAGUCCCUGCAUGUUGCUGUGCCUUUGGCAGGUAGUUUUGCACAGCCUCCAACAUACUCAUUGCAGUUGCCAACGACGGUUAAUGAUGCUAAUGGUCAAUACAAUUACAUCACUUCGGGGGGAACACAAUCCCUGAAUCCGUUCUUGACGUUACCAGCAGUUUCUAGUGAGAGAUGUGAGCAGGGAGAAAAGGUGCAGCCUGAUUCAAGUCCCUUCCCGCCAACACCAACCACUCAAGGUAAAAGCACACAUAGUGCUGAUGUUUCACUCGCAGUCACUCACCCUCUAAACCAACAAGCACCGGGAGCAGAUACCAUGACACAUCAUUGGUCAUCACAAUAUUCUGAAGGAGAAGGAAAUCCGUUUGUCACAUCUAUUCCACCUCCUCCUGUGGCAGAAGAGCAGGUUCGGUUUGGCUUACUGAUGCCAGAGGGGGAAACCCCAUGGUCGUCAAAUAAUUCUUCUACAAUGUCAGAAUCUGAAGUUGGAAAGCCAAACGGAAAUGCAGUGAACAAGCUCCCUCGUCCCAGGAAUCCUCUCAUUGAUGCUGUUAAUGCGCAUGGAAAAAGCAAGUUGAGAAAGGUAACUGAACGAGUUCGGCCUCAGAUUGGACCAAAGGCAGAUGAAAGAGAUUCGCUACUAGAACAGAUACGAACUAAGUCCUUCUACUUGAAGCCUGCUGCAGCGACAAGGCCCAGCAUUCCAGGUCCUACUAAAACCAACUUGAAGGUUGCUGCAAUAUUGGAGAAAGCAAAUGCAAUUCGUCAGGCAUUGGCUGGAAGCGAUGAUGAACACGAUGAUGACGAUAGUUGGAGCGACUCUUGAAACAAAACUGAUUCCCUUACGGCAUCCAGUGAUUACCUUGAACUACGUUGGGGAACUAAUUUCUCCCGUUGAGCAAAUAGGAAUUUCAUAUCAGAUCUUCAUUUGUUUACACCAUUCAUGUAUUAUACUCCCCUUCACACACUUAUCCCCAUACACGUGUUGUUGUCAAGAGGCCCUGCUCUGUUCCACGGAUAUAUGUUCGGGGGCAGAAAAGAAAAUGCAUUAUACGAGAAUGACUGCUCGAGGUUCAGCGUGCAAGCGCCGGGCCUAUAAAGUAUAUGGCACACAUAGUCAUCCUUUAAAGAUCUUGGUCUGUGUAAAUUGUGUUGUGAGUGUAAAUUUUGACAUGAAAAUGCUUUUGAUGAAAUUUUGUAACGUCUGUAUGUAGCUCCUUUUACAUGUAUGUACGCAUUCAUUUGGUCUACAACCGCACCGCACCCUUUACGAAACAGGCAUUUCUAUGUUACAUAUAUAGCUGGUUAAUUUAUGAAUU